AUGUUUGUUAUCGAGACUGCACCCGGCGUUCGCAUCCUUCAGCUCCUUCCCACGCUGCACUCACACAGCCUGGUCAUUUGUCGUCAGGUAUCGGACAUUGGCACACACAAGCGUGCACUCCAAGCCACCAUGGCGCCUCUCAAGAUAGCCAUCUCUGGUGGCGGCAUCGCCAGUCUGUGUCUCGCGCACUCGCUCACGACCAGUCAUCCACAAUGGGAAGUCAAGAUAUUUGAGGCAGCGCCCGAACUCCGUGAGGAAGGUGCAGCUAUUGGGCUUGGCAUGAACGCGCAAGAAGCACUCAAGCUCAUGUCGCCAAGCCUACGGGAAGCUCUUGACGAGGCCGGCGGAACGCGAAUGGAUCCCUCAGUCCGCAUCAUGAUUGGAACCGGCCCGGACUCUGGUCGUCAUGUUGGCGACAUUCGUCCCAAGGUGGCGCAGAUUGUUGUUCACCGAACCUCGUUCUGGCGACAACUGCGGAAGCGAAUUCCAGACGGCGUGCUUGAGUUUGGCAAGAAGCUCGCCUCUGUGGAAGCACUUCAUGGUAGUGACGACCGCGUUCGGCUACGGUUCGAGGAUGGCACAACCUACGAGGCUGAUGCUCUGGUAGGGUGUGAUGGCAUCAACAGCAUCGUCCGUCAGGCUGUCCUCGGCGAAGAUCAUCCUGCUGCAAAGCCAGUGUUCACAAAUGGCUACAAUCAUCGUGUCGUUAUCCCGCUUGAGGCCGCCAAGAAGGCCUUUGGCGAGGACUACUGCAGCUUGCGGACUCAGUACGGCUGGGUAGGAGCUGGCGGAUUUCUUCUUACUGACCAUGUCGAGAAAGGUGAGGCUAUGCAGGUGAUUGCAGGUAGAUCAGACGCCGGACCAUGGCCGCACCGAAGUCCCUUUGUGGAGUGGGAUAAGGACAGGCUGAAGAGCGAUCUCGCUGACUGGGGCGACAUUGGCAAAGCUAUGAAAAAGGUCUUUACUGAGCAGCCUAAGCUGUUUGCUGCGGGUGGGAGGAUCCACUUGGAAACCCCGACAUAUUGCAAAGGCAACAUGUGCAUCGCCGGAGAUGCAGCACAAUCGUUUCCUCCUUUCCAGGGAGCUGGUGCAGGCCAAGCCAUCGAGGAUGCCCUCAUGCUCUCGACCGUCCUGGGCUCAUGUUCGAGGAAGGAAGAUAUCUCCCGUACGUUCGGUGUAUACGACACCUUACGCCGCCCUCGAAGAUCAGGCAUCGCUGAGUCCAGUAUAUGGGCUGCGAAGCUGUUCACUGGUCGACUUCCGGAUGUUGGCAUGGACGUGGGCCGUAUGGCAGAGAAGCUACCGACGUGGGGUUCCAACAUCUACGACUACGACCUCGCUGCUGCACAGCAAGAUGCUUUGGCGCGCAUGAAAUCGGACUCCUAG